AUGGCAACUGCAUUAGGCAUUGGUCAUUCACAAGUUUAUAGAGUGAUGAAUUCGGAGGUCAGAAACAGACCAGCAGGUUCAACACAGUUAAGAGCAAUAACAAGAGUUACACACGAUGUUCUUCGAGAAAAACUAAUCAAUGAAGUCCUACCAGCAAUAAGAUCAAAAUGGCUAGCAAAUGGGGUGAAAGAUAUUUGGAUUCAACAAGAUAACGCCAAGCCACAUAUUUUAACAAAUGAUCAAGCAUUCAAUGAAGAAGCCAAGAAAGAUGGAUUUAACAUUAGACUAGUUUAUCAACCGCCCUCUAGUCCAGAUAUGAACAUCUUAGACUUGGGUUUGUUUAGUGCUCUACAAUCAAUUCAAUUCAAGUCAUUCCCCAAAGACCUCAAUGAUUUGAUCAAGGCGGUCAAUGAUGCGUACGACACUUUUGAACCAAAGCUUAUGAACUACACGUGGAUACAAUAUCAACUAUGCAUGAUAGAGGUGUUGAAAGCUAAAGGCGGUAAUAACUACAAGAAUCCACACAUUGGAAAACAAAGAUUGGACAGGUUGGGUAUGUUGCCUAGGCAAUUAGAAAUUCCGCAAGAACUAAUAGAUGCAGCACGUCAAUUUUUAUCUCAUGGCCGCUUUGGCUUAGGUUCCACCUUGUCAAGUAAUGCAUAA